UCGCUCAGCGUCUGGGCGUCUGUGCGCGGCGAGGACUGGCGCGGCGGCCUAGGCUGGGUCCUGGCGCUCCGGUGGCGCCGGUUCCGCCAUACCUCUCUCCACGACCUCAGUCGAGCAUGUUCUCCAGGGCUCAGGUGAGGCGGAUUCUGCAACGGGUGCCCGGGAAGCAGCAAUUCGGCAUCUACAGGUUCCUGCCCUUCUUUUUUGUCCUGGGAGGAUUGAUGGAGUGGAUCAUGAUUAAAGUGCGCGUGGGCCAGGAGACCUUCUAUGAUGUCUACCGUAGAAAAGCCUCAGAAAGACAAUAUCAGAGAAGGCUGGAAGAUGAAUGAGAGACUGAGCUUCAGCAGUCAAUAAAAAUUCACAUUAAAUCACGGACACAUUCUCCAUUACAAGAUCAUUUAAACCAGGAUAAUUAUGCAGAUUACAUCUCUGCCAGCUACCAGAUUAUAAUCUUUUUUUCUAGGAGAGUAGAAAUUCCUGACUGACUACACAUUACUCAUGCUAAUAUUGUUGUAAACAGAAAUAAGCCCCUCCCUUGCCUGGCUCCACUAACAUACAAGGGCUGGACCUCCAUGAGGACUAUGGGCAACAGGCUUCACACCUCUCUGUGAUGAAGAUGCUGUUCUUUCAUCCAGCCACUAAUGAUAAAGACAAUUGCUCCUUCCAUAAGAAAGUGAAGCUACACAGUGUAAAGCAACCACAGACUUGAGCUAAAUCAGAGGCUCAGUCUAUUGAGAAAUUUGGCAGUUUGACUCAGUGUAAGUUUGGGUCUGCCUUGUAAAAAAAAAAAAAAAAAAACCAAAGAUGUCUUCCCAUGGUUGGAUAAUCAUAUCCAACAUUGUUUCAAACAAAAUAUCUACAUACUGUAGAAGACUAAGUUUCAAAAUAGUUUCGUGGCUCAUGCCUGUAAUCCUAACAUUCUGGGAGGCUGAGGUGGGAGGAUUACUUGAGCUCAGGAGUGCAAGA